AUGGCUCCCGAGUCGGAGAUCGUCCAGGAACGUCCGUCUGAAUCCGACAGCACCGCCGACUUGGGCGUCGCAAAAUUUGAUGGUUCCUUCGCAUCUGGCGUGAGACCAGGCCAGCCUCCUUCGCUGCCAUGGUAUCAGACUCGCGAGUACGUCACUGCAGCCGAAUUUUCCACAGGACAGGUUUUUCUCAACGAAAUCGUCGCCUCCUUCGUCCUUCUCUUCUUUGCAUACGGAGUUGGUCUCGACCCUCGGCAAGUUAUUGUCUUUGGCGCCCGUCUCGGUCCUAUUCUUGUCGGCCUCGCAUUGGGUCUCGUAACGUUUGCAACCAGCGGCAUCGCCCCGGGAUAUGGGGGUGCGCAGAUGAAUCCGGCGAGAUGCUUUGCCUUUGGGAUCGCGAGACAAAAUAUGUCAGUGGAUCUUCUGGUUCGGACCGGCAAUCGCAGCGAUCCUGUUCAGUUUCGUGUACAACUCGGCACCGCCGCAGCUUCGCGGUCCAGAGGAGAGGCGGCGGCGUGA